AUGGGUCGUAGAAUCCGUUCUCAGCGUAAGGGACGUGGAUCCGUCUUCAAGUCCCACAACAAGCAUCGUAAGGGACCCGCCAAGCUCCGACCGGUCGACUUCGCCGAACGCCAUGGCUACAUCCGAGGUGUGGUGAAGGACAUCAUCCACGACCCCGGACGAGGUGCUCCAUUGGCCGUCGUGCAAUUCCGCAACCAGUACAAAUACAAGAAGGACCAACACCUGUUCGUCGCCGCCGAAGGAGUGCACACCGGCCAGUUCUUGUACUGUGGUCGUCGUGCCCAUCUUGGAGUCGGAAAUAUCAUGCCUGUUGGUGAAAUGCCCGAAGGUACUGCUGUAUGUAAUUUGGAAGAGAAGACCGGAGAUCGUGGACGUUUGGCCAAGACCUCAGGUAAGCUUUUUCGAAUUUUCUGUCGAGGUUUAGAUAAUUUUGAUACCACCUGGUAUUGGACUAGACAAAAAAGGAUCAGUUUUUUUACCUGGUUUUGAUGGAGCGAUUCCCCACUAAGUGAUUAGAAGUUUAGGCGGAUAGGAACCAAAUAGACCCUCAAUGGUCGUUUUGGGCCGAUAACCCGCCAAAAUAAUUAGGUGUUUGACGGUCGCGUUCUAGUCCGGUCCAUGGAUAGUAUGCAAUUCAAAUCAGCACGACACUAAUCUUAGAAUUUCUGAAAAAAAUGAUUGUUUUCUGUUCUCUAGUACAAUAGGUAGCCGUAUAUUACACUUGUAGGCAAAAAAUGGAAUGGGGAGGGGGUUGAUAUGAGAGUUGAAUUAAAAUUUUAUGUGAUGUAUUGACUUCUGAUUGUUACUGAUUCUUUCGUAAAGUCGCCGGACUGGUUUUUGACGUUUGCACUGUGCGGAAAAAUUCAAGGUGCGAGCGACAGCCGAAAAAUGUUUUUGCACGGUGCAAAAAGCAAGAAAUUACUAAAUGCAAAGUGAACUUUUGUUUUCCACAGUGCACGUCGCCGAUUUCAGUCCGACGAUUUUCCGGACGGACUAGUAGAAGUUUAGGCGGAUAGGAACCAAAUCGACCCUCAAUGGUCGUUUUGGGCCGAUAACCCGCCAAAAUAAAUAGGUGUUUGACGGUCGCGUUCUAGUCCGGUCCAUGGAUAGUAUGCAAUUCAAAUCAGCACGACAUUCAACUUAGAAUUUCCAAAAAAAAAUGAUUAUUUUCAAUCGUCUAUUACGAUACUAAUAUGUAUAUUAUUCAGGUAACUACGCCAUCAUCGUUGCCCACAACAAGGACUCGAAGAAGACUCGUGUUCGUCUCCCAUCCGGUGCCAAGAAGGUUGUUCCCUCCGCCAACCGCGCCAUGGUCGGUAUCUGUGCCGGUGGUGGCCGAACGGACAAGCCCCUCCUGAAGGCCGGACGCGCCUACCACAAGUACAAGGCCAAGAGAAACUGCUGGCCCGUUGUUCGUGGUGUGGCUAUGAACCCUGUGGAGCAUCCCCAUGGUGGUGGUAACCAUCAACACAUUGGUCACCCAUCGACAGUCAAAAGAGGAACCUCCGCCGGUCGCAAGGUCGGUCUCAUCGCCGCCCGCCGUACCGGAAGAAUUCGGGGAGGAAAACCAGAGAAGAAGGGCAAGGACGAAGCUAUCUAA